GGAACAAAUGCAUAGUGAAAUUGACAGGUGGAAAUGUGACUUCAAUUUUUAGUGAGGUUGGGAGUUUCCACUAAAUCACUAUAUUUUUAAUAUAAGUUACAGUUUCUCCAAAUUUUUGUUUUAGAUAAAAGCGUUCAAGUUAGCUAAUGAAAAUAAAAGUAUUUAUAAGCUCAACUAGAUUUCGCUACAUCAGAAAUUUUAUUUAAAAUAUUAAAGUGGAAUAAUUAUUUGCGGAAAUUAUUUCCUCUUAACAAUAAAAAAUGACCGACAAGAAGGAAGAUAUCCCGAAACCUAAUGUAGAUGAAGAAUUAUCCAACCUUUUAGACAGUGCUCUAGAGGACUUUUCAAAAGUAGACACAGUCAAAAGAGAUGAAAUUUCAACAUCAGAUACUAAUGCUUCAAUUAGCGCUAGUACAGAUAGUCAAGAAUGGUCUCAAGACUUUAUUCAGCAAGCUGCCAGUCAGUUCGAGGAAAAUUUUGCAAAUUUCUUAGCUAGUGCAGAUCCCAAUACAGAAGUAACACCAGAGUUUAUUCAGCAAAAGUUGCAGCAAAUGGCUGACGCUGCUCAACAAGUUCUUGAAAACCCCACACAAGCCACAGAUAAUUCUUCUGAUUUUGCUGCUUCUAUAUCACAAGCUAUUCAAUCUCUGAACGCAGGUGCUGAAGGUCUACAAGCUCCUUUGAAUGAAGAAGAAUUGAUGAAGAUGUUUACUAGUCAAAGAACUGGUCAAGAAAAUGAUCUGUUGCCAUUUAUGCAAGGUAUGAUGCAAGGCUUACUUUCCAAAGAAGUACUAGGACCCAGCUUAGAAGAUUUUGUACAAAAGUUACCAGAAUAUAUAGAAAAAAACAAAGAGACACUAGAUAAAAAAGAUAUUGAACGAUAUGAAAACCAGAGAAAACUCAUGGAGGAGGUGCUAACAGAAUUAAAUAAAGAACAGGAGGGUGAUAGUACUGAAGUUAAGUCUGAAAGGUUUGCUAAAGUACUAUCACUUAUGCAAAAACUGCAAGAUUAUGGACAGCCUCCUUCUGAGUUAGUGGGAGAUUUAGAAACUCCAUUUAGUUUUGACCCUCAAGGCAAUCCACUAAAUUUUCCCAAUCCAGGGCAGGCCAAUUCCGAAUGCAGUCUGAUGUAAAAAGUUAUUGUUAUUGUUUAUUUGAAUUUUAUUUUAAUGGGGUUGGCAAAAAAAUCUCAUCGUGUUGAAAUGUUUAUUUUCUUUCAAUCUAAGUAGUAGAAGUGUAUUUAAUUGAACUUACUACUUUUCAUAAAUAUGAUUAAUUUUGUGUCAAUUGCACAAAUUUUGUGUAACAUGUUUGUUUCGUUUUUUACUAUGGAAACAAUGAAUCAAUG